AUGGAAGGAUUAUUGAUUUCUUUGCCUAACCAAAGUUGUUUAAGACCCUUUGGUUUCGCUCUGAGAGUAAGUUAUAGUUUUCCGGUUACCACGAGAACUUGUCGUUUGAAUCGAAAACCUGGUUUCUAUACUUUGAACAUCGAUUGCAUGCGUUUUGAUAGAGGUAGUGUUAGUGGUGCUAGAGAGGCUAGAGUUUCUGCGUUGGAUAGGGAUGAUGAAGGAGAGGAAUCUGAUAUGGAUAGGGAUGAUGAAGGAGAGGAAUCUGAUAUGGAGUGGGAAACAGAGUUGUUGGGGGAGUUGGAUCCGUUUGGUUACCGAGCUCCGAAGAAAAGGGAAAAAGAACAAAGGUCGGAGUUGGUCGAGGAUACGGGUGGAAUGGAUUGGGUUGUGAGGGCAAGAGAGAUGGCGCUGAAAACAGUUAGAGCGAAGCGUAUGGCUUAUACAAUGGAAGAUUUGGUUAAUGUUAAGAAGAAGAAGAAAAAGGCUAAGAAGAAGUUGGUAAGCAAGAAGAAAACAGAUAAGAAACUCGAGGAAAUUGAUUAUAAUUCAGGGGAAGACUUUGGGUUGUCACGGGGUACGAAGCCUAGGGUUAAUGUUGAUGAUUUGAAAAGGAAAGUGGGUUUGAUUGCGGAUGGAAUGUUUGCAGAAAAUACGGCGAAAUCGUUGGAAACGUUUUACAAUAGACUGUCUCAAUUUUCUGGGAUAUCUGACCAUAGAAAAGAAAUGAACUUGAACACAGCGAUCAUUGAAGCACAGACUGCAGAGGAUGUGUUGGAUGUUACAUACGAAACAAUUGUUGCAGUUGCAAAAGGACUUAGCCCCUCGCCUCUCUCGCCUUUGAAUAUUGCUACUGCUCUUCAUCGCAUUGCUAAAUUUAUGGAGAAGGUUUCUAUGAUGAAAACUCGAAGACUGGCGUUUGCUCGACAAAAAGAGAUGUCUAUGCUUGUCGGCAUUGCAAUGACAUCCUUACCUGAAUGCUCGGCUCAAGGAAUCUCAAAUAUAGCUUGGGCCCUGUCUAAAGUUGGAGGGGAACUGCUUUACUUUUCAGAAAUGGAUAGAGUUGCAGAGAUUGCACUGACCAAAGUUGGAGAAUUAAACUCUCAGAACAUUGCUAAUAUUGCAGGUGCUUUUGCUUCAAUGCAGCAUUCAGCACCCGAUCUUUUCACAGAGUUGUCGAAAAGGGCUUCUGAAAUAAUUCACACCUUUAAAGGCCAAGAACUUGCACAGCUCUUGUGGGCUUUUGCAUCUCUAUAUGAGCCCGCUGACACUGUAUUUGAUUCUUUAGACAAACUCUUCAAAGAUCAUAGCCAAUCAAGAGGUUUCAUAGGGGAAGAAACAUCCAAUAAUCAUGAACAAAUCGGUGUCGAGUCUGUUGAUCGAAAUGAGGCCUCAAAUUUACUUACUUUAAGUAGGGACCAGCUUGGGUCUAUAGCUUGGUCCUAUGCUGUCUUUGGACAAAUGGAUAGGAGUUUCUUCUCUUAUGUCUGGAAAACUCUCAGCAAUUUUGAAGAGCAAAGGGUUUCAGAGCUGUAUAGGGAAGAUGUCAUGUUUGCUUCUCAGGUUCAUCUUGCAAACCAGUGCUUGAAACUUGAAUUCCCGCAUCUUCAGCUGUCUUUAAGUGGUGAGCUCGAGGAUAAAAUUUCGCGCGCUGGAAAAUCUAAAAGGUUCAAUGAGAAGAUAACUUCGUUAUUUCAGAAAGAAGUUGGUCAUCUUCUUGUUAGCACUGGACUUGGAUGGGUCAAAGAAUAUGCUGUAGAUUGCUACACUUUGGAUUCUGUGAUAGUUGAUAAGAAGCUUGCUCUGGAGAUUGAUGGUCCAACUCAUUUCUCUAGAAAUACCGAUGUUCCUUUAGGACAUACCAUGCUUAAACGCCGAUACAUCACUGCUGCUGGUUGGAAACUCGUAUCGUUAUCCUAUCAAGAGUGGGAGGAACUUCAAGGAGGAACCGAACAGAUGGAGUACCUUAGGGAAAUUCUUAAAGAUUAUAUAGAUAAAAGAAAUGCCAACACUACAUUAACUGAGGUAAAGUGA